UUCUGCCUGCUGCUGCACCACUACCAGCCGACGCUGCUGCCGCGGGAGCGCAUCGUCAACGCCGGGGAGAGCGCCGACAGGGGCUCCGGCUCCGACGGCGACCUCGACGACAGCUUGACGUUCAGCUACAGCAGCCCGGACGGCGCCGAGCAGCAGGAGGCGCGCCGCCAGGCCGACAAGGCCAACCUCACGGCGGCGUUCGUGGCGAUGCGCGAGCUGGGCGGUGUGCCGGUGCUGAGCGGCUGGACCGACUACUCCGGCACGCUGCCGGACCGACGGCUGGUGCUGGUCACGCUGGCGCACCUGUGCGGCCGGCUGCUGGAAGGUCUGGACUAG